AACGAGCUCACUCUGAAGGUCAUGCAAUUGUCGGUUUGUCAAGGCCUUCGCGCCUUCAUGCACUCUCCUGUCUCGCUCUCUCUCGCACCAGCCAUGCACACAUGCACAUUCACCGACACGCACGGAAUCAUGGCACGUAAAUCGCAUUGCUGGAUGGAUGGAUGGGUACGUGGUGGACACGAUUCGGUUCCCAAAAAAAGGAGAAGAGUACAGUCAUGCACACCCAUACACGCAUACACGCAUCAAGUGACUACAAAAGACUUCGAUUGUGGCCUGGCCUGUCCUGCCCACGACCUACCAAUCGAUUCACGCUACACGGCUCGGCUAGCUCAAAGUAACUAGAAAAGAGAAAGGAAGAAGAACCUGCUGUGCCGUGCUGUGUUCUGCUCUGCCCCAAAAACACCAACUUCCUUCUCCACCCCUCCACCAGCACCGAGCACCAAGAGUGGAAACGACACCACACAAAACCACUCUCUCUCACCCUCACAUUCGCACCCCCUCCACAGCCCGUGCUCGACGCGUGCACCGUGCUCCCCCGUGUGUUGUGUAUGCAGUAUGCAUGUCGGUACGUAUGUGUCGGUCGGUCGGUCACUGGCUCACUCGGUAAGCGAGAAUCGCUGCCCGAGGUCGAUCUCCACGGUGCUGGACAGCUCAGGCACCUGCGAGAACCCGCGAUGAUUCAGCUUCUUACGCAUGUUGUCCUGCGAACACACACACAAUCACGCAAAGGACCAUCACAUCCGCAUCCUGUUGGUCGCUUUCUCGUCUGUAGCGCACCAGCACUUCGAUCCAGGUCUGCUCAGGUUUCUCGUGGAGGCAGCUAAUCAUGGCGUUGGUGCACGCCCCGCCAGCACCGCCAGGGCCGCACUCAGCUGGCAACUGCAUACAACACACACGCGCUCGGAUCGCAUCUGUCAGUGUCCAUCUUUGCUUGUGUGGAUCUGUACCUGGAAGACGCCCGACACGUCGCCCACAUCGGCCGAGGUCUGCUUGUCCUUGCAGCCGCUGAACAUGAUCACCUGCACACACGCGACACGCACACAUGACUCCCGCAUGUGGUUUCUGUGUCCUGUGUCCCUGUGCUGUGCUGCGCGCGCUGACUGGCCUACCUCUGCGAGAGAGUUCUUGGUGCCCUCUCGGUAGAACUUGGCCUCCUCAGGUUCGCCGUCGUCGCCACCGUUGGCAGCGCUGGCAGCUUCCUCCGCCUCUCGAGCCUUGAAGUCCUGCAAAUCACACACAGAGAUACGUAUCCGAGGCACGUGAGGUUGCUGCGUGUUAAAUACCCUGUAUUUCUGGUAGAUCUGGAGGCCCAUCGCUCCACCCUGCAUCAGCAGAUCUGACCAAGACACAUACAGACGUAGGCAGACAGGCACGUUGACAGACGCAAAGGAGCAGCGUCGGCAAUGGGUGCGUGCGUGUGUGUGUACUUUGGAAGUUCUUGGUGUCCCAUUUGGUGUUGAGUAUCAUCUGGGGGAUCCCCUCCCACCAGUUCUUGCAGUUCUCCUCAGUCGCCUGCAUGGGUGCCAACACGCCAUCCAUCCAUCAAUCCAUCCAUCCAUCCCACCGCACGGACGAAGCGUGGAUAUGUGCGUCUUCUUGCCUUGAAGAGGUAUGGGAGGUCGCAUGCGGUCCCGCUGUGGCAGCAGUCUAGGAUGAUGGUGAGGCGGCAGCCCUUGGGCAAGGGCUUCACCAGGUACUCGUACACCUUGUCGUCAACUAUCAUGCCAUGCUGCCAAGCGCCAGGCAGCAAAAGAGAGACAGACGAAUUCAUGUGCACACUAUCUGUGUGGCUGUGAGUGUGGUCUCGCGCGCCCACUGUACCUCUUUGAAGUCCACAGGAAUGAGGGUCUCGUCGUAGCCAUCCUUCUCGUCGCCAUCCUGAUACGAACGACACACGCGGAUGCCCAGAGGCCGUGCAUGUGUGUGGUGUGGUUACGGUGUCCCUCUGCUGGCCUCCGUGGCCCGAGUAGCUGAAGAACAAACAGUCGCCUGCACGCACACACACGACCAUCAGUGACAUAUCUGUGUGUCUGCAUGUGCUCUCACCGUCCGCAGCGCCAGCCACAAGCCACUGGAAAGCUGCACGAAGGAAAAACACCACACACUGUUGUCUGUCUGUCUGUCUGUCUGCUUAUGUGUGUCAGAACCGACCUUUGAGUAUGUUGUGGUGUGUGGGUUUGUUGGCGCCCUCCUGGUCGUCCGUCAGCACCAGCUGAUGGUCAUCAUCUUGGGGGAAGCCAUACUCGUCCAGCCAGUUCUUGACGGUGUGCACGUCAUUGAUGCAGCCAUUCAGCUCGCCUUUCUGCACCACAACGCCAGCAGACACAUCAACUGCACUGCAUUUCACAGAGGAGUAUGUGGCUCCCCUGCCUGUCCGAAGUAGUUGAUGCCGAUGAGAAGGGACUUCUUCUUGCCGUUGAGGGGCUUGGGCUGGUAGGUGCGCUUGGGCGGCGGCUCGUCGCGCUCCGCCAUCUCAUUGAAGAUGGAACCCGCCACGCGCCCUGCCAGCUGACCUGCACACACACACACGCACACUCGCUCCUGUCGUGUUUCUUCUGCUCUUCUUCUCGCUCUCGCCACGUGCAUCUAUCAGCUGGUGCAUCUACCUGCUUCAGGCCCCGCGAUUUCGGUGGCGAGCUGCUUGAACACUGCACCAAACAUCCUUGUUGACCGUGUAGAUCAACGCUCAGGGGAGGACCAGGUCUGAGCCACCUCGCAGAGACCUACAAAACUUUGGCACACCUUCG